UGCUUCAGCGUAGAAAUUGUGGGGUGGGCUUCCGCUUUUAACUUUUUUUUAUCACAAAUCACAUUACAAGUGUCCAAACCAAAGAGCGAAUUUAGCACAAUUGCAUCUUUAGCUCGAACAGUCAAAAUGAAAUCUGUCUGUGUUCUAGUUGGUGACGGUAAAGUAAAAGGAACCAUUCAUUUUUCCCAAGAAAGUCCAGAUAGUCCUGUGACAGUUACUGGAGAAAUCAGUGGUCUUAGCAAAGGAUUGCAUGGGUUUCACAUUCAUGAAUUUGGCGACAAUACCAAUGGAUGUAUAAGUGCUGGUGCUCAUUUCAACCCAUAUAACAAAGAACAUGGUAGUCCUGAAGAUGAAAUUAGACAUGUCGGGGACCUUGGAAAUGUGGAAGCUGGCGACGAUGGUAUUGCAAAAGUAAACAUUACUGAUAAAUUGAUCUCUCUCACCGGUCCAUUAUCAAUUAUUGGACGAAGUGCGGUGGUUCAUGCUGACCCUGAUGAUUUGGGAAGAGGUGGGCACGAACUCAGUAAAACGACUGGUAAUGCAGGAGGAAGGCUUGCUUGUGGUGUGAUCGGAGUUGCAAAAUGAGCACAUUCCUGAGACAGCAUUCAUUUGCUAUGAUUUGUUUUGUAAUUCUCUGAACUAUGCAAAUGUGGCAAUAUAAAAGAAAAAUAAAUAGGUUGUGUUGAUAACUACUUACCAAAAUAAAUAUAUUUUAUUCUGCC